AUGGAUCCUGCACCUUCCUUCACUCUCUCCCUCCUCCUCUUCCUCGCUCUCAUGCUAUUACAUACAUAUGCAGCACACUGCAGAGAAACUCCACCUCCAACUCCCCAUGGAAUCAUUGCUCCACCGCCGCCCGACAACGACAACGACACCACGCCGUCGUUCAGACCGGGCAUAGCCGUCGUCGUCUGCGUUUUGACCACCAUAAUCUCCCUCACGUCGCUCCUCCUCCUCUACAUCAAACACUGCAACGGCGGGAGCAUCCACGGCGGCGGCGGAGGGAGCUCGAUUCCGUGGACGGUGGCGCCUUUCGCCGGAAGGAAGAACUCCGGCAUUGACCGGACCGUGGUGGAAUCGCUUCCCGUUUUCAGAUUCGGAGCGCUGCGAGGACAAAAGGAGGGACUGGACUGCGCAGUGUGCCUGACGAAGUUCGAGGCGGCGGAGGUUCUCCGGCUGUUGCCGAAAUGCAAGCACGCGUUCCACGUCGAGUGCGUGGACACAUGGCUGGACGCGCAUUCAACGUGUCCUCUCUGCCGCUACCGCGUGGAUCCGGAGGACAUUCUUCUGGUGGAGGACGCAAAGCCGUUCCGCCAAACUCAACAACGGAACAACAACAGCAGCAGCAACAACGAGGAACGCGCGCGUUUGAAUUUGGACGUGGAGAAGCAGGAGAUCGCGGAGUCUGGACGGAGGAGGCAUUCGUCAGUGGGGGAGAGGGGAACGGAGGAGCAGAGUAGGAAGUGGACGACGUCGUUUCGAAGGUCGUUGGAUAGCGCGACACCAAGAAAAAAGAGCGAGAGCGGCGGUGUUGUUGGUAUUGGUUGGAUUGUGCGCGCGAGAAAAGACGGAAUGUUGUUGACGCAAGAGACGGAGAGAGAGGGUGAUAGGACAAGCGUUGAACGGAGGCUGGAACACCGGAUCAUUGUCUCCCCGGGCCCAGGCCCAGGCCCAGGAAAAAUGUAUGGGGUCCAGCAGCGGUGGAGCGACGUGCAAGCCUCGGACCUGCUGUAUCUGACGUCGGAGAUGAUCCUGAGCGAGGCCCAAUGGAACACGCGCCGCGGAGGAAGGCGAAGGGGGACGCGCCGUACCAAUGAUGAUGAGGUUGAGGACAGUUGGAGUGGCAGAGGGAUAAUAAAUUCGAGAAGUGUGUCUGAGAUCACGGGAUUGAGCAGGUUCUCGAGCAUUACCAAUAAUAAUACCGAGGAGGACAGAUACAGAGACAGAGACACAGAGUGGGAACAACAACGACAGGGAGAAAGAGAAGAGGGUCUUGUGAGAAGGUGGUUGGGUUGGAUUUCAAAAUCACGCACACAAACGCAGCCACAAACCCAACCAGCUGUACGGUAG